AUGUACAUCAAAAAUAUUUCUCACUUUAAGAACAAUAAGCAUCGCCGCACCGAUCGUACUUCUGAACCGGAUUCAUCUGCAAGCACCGAUCGGCGACCAGGGCCACGUCGCACCUCCACGUGGCUUCGCAAUUCCAUGCGCAAAACCCGUCCCAUCGCACUACCCGAACAGAUUAUAAAGCCAGUGCAAUCAACGGUCGAUAAUUCCACAUUCGAUCGGCCCGAAUCUCCAAUCGCUCGACAUUCGCCAAAACCACCCUCGAUAAAUGGCGACCAAACCGCUCUGGAAGACUAUAACGAACUCAGUUCGAUUACCACCCUUCCAGUGUCUGAGCUGGAAAUUACUAACGAACCUCCGAUUGUCCCGGACGCCAUCAACAGCAGCACUCCCGUGGAAUAUGAUUUCCAUUCCACAAUCGGUCGUGCUUCCGAGGAACUGAUUCCCUACCUAGCAACGGCCACGCUAUGCGAACGUGCCCCACCGCUGGAGGUAAUUCUUCACAGUCCCGCUCAAACUCAUCGACCCCGUCAGACGGGACGUCGCUCGGAAGAACGGCCACGGGUUGUGUCCAUCACUGCCGAACGGGAUGCCGUAACGAAUCAGCUAAUCAUUCGAACUAACAGCGUCCCAGCCGGGACGGCAAACUCACAUCACCACCGACAACCGUCACCGACAUCACGCCGCGGGGAGGCAUCAUCCCACAGUCAACCGCAGCUUAACAGUCUUCAUCAUCACCAUCAUCAUCAUCAGCAUCAACAUCAACAUCACCAGCAACGAUAUCGAGAGAUGGGCUCCGAAACUAGCUCGAUCGGUUCGUCCCGAAAUCCCAGCCCAGUGUCGCUGCUUUCGACGACCACCUUCAGCUCGACUGCGUCCGCUGCAGAGCCACAGAGGUCACGUUCAAGGCCUGACGAUGAAUCGCGUGACGUAACCAGUUUGGCAGCGGGCGUCGAAGCGGCAACGGCGGCAAGCACCAAUGCUACCACCACCCGGACCGGUUCCCUGCACUCGACAACGGGCGGCGGCGACGGCAGUCAGGAGGAUGACGACCUGUCCGAUUCAUCGGAUGAGGAAUCCGAACCGGAAAUGGAUCGCAACGGGCGACCGAAACCGAAGUGGCCUCACCUGAUGUCUCGCUCGAUGGCCGCCAGCUUCUGCACGCUGGGACUGUUCAACAUAUCCCGGUUCGCCAUCUUUAGCAUACAUUUUGGGGCGAAUUUUAUCGUGCAGUUUUUGAUUUUUACGUUCCUAUUCGGAAUUCCGAUGCUCUGGCUGCAGAUGGUGCUGGGAGCUCGCAUCAAGGGAGGACCGGUGACCAUGUGGCGGAUCAGUCCCAUCUGUAAAGGUAUCGGGAUUGCUUUGAUUUUGGCGCAAGGACUAGUCUCCCUUUACUCGGCCAUUUCGCUGAGCUGGGUUUUGGUUUAUUUUCGGGAUUCGUUUGUUUCGCGCAGCGAAAAGUAUCGUUGGCAGGAAAUUUUCGAACUAUACCGAGGGUCUGGCAAUCAGUCGUUCCGACUGUCCGAUACGGUGGCCGAUUAUUUUAAUGGAGUGGUUCUGCAGCGUUAUCAACUUGGACCGGGUGUUCGGGGACUCAGUGGAAUCGGUGCCGUGCGCUUUCAGUUGGCUUUCAAUCUGGCUAUUAUUUGGACGCUCGUGUUUGUUGUGCUUUGCAAAGGAAUUCGAUCGUUUGGGAAGAUUGUGCUCGGCUUGUUUAGCGCGGCAAUGGUUGGGCUCAUCGCAAUCUGUUCCAAGUUUCUGUCGAUGGUCAAUUACGACAGUGUGCAAAGCAUUUUUCCCGCCACGGAAUGGCCGGACUUUUUCCUCAACUCUCGCAGCUGGAUGAGUGCCGCGCAGGAAACGUUUCUAACCUGGGGCCUCCUGGGGGUGUCGAUCUAUUCCAUCAACUGUCGGACGAACAAGGGCGGUGGACCGCGAAAGACCAGGCGUGAACUGCGUCGGGAUGCACUGCUGAUAGUGCUGUUUACCCUUACCGGGUUGAUGCUGGCCGCCAUCUUCGGCAGUGCUUGCGUGCAGAUUCUGAACAGCAGAGGUUAUUACUACUUUCCAGGAUCGUACGAAAGCAUCAACACGGACAUCUUUCUGCUACCAGCAGAUCAGCCUCUUCCACCUCAGCACGCCACCAUGCCCACGAAAUGGCUUAUCCGAUACUCGAUGGUACUGGGCGAAAGUUUUAAGCGCCCGUAUGCCAAUCCGCACCAGGAAAGCGGCUACCAGGUGCUUCGUCUGAUAACCGAGCUCUUCCCCUCGACGUUGGCGGCUGCCACUCAGGAACGUAUCGCUCCGAUCUGGAGUCUGAUCGGGUUCCUGACGUUGUUGCUUUUCGGACUCGGUCAGCUGUGUGCCAUGUGGAAACCGAUUGCCGGGGCGAUUGGCGAUUCUCCUUCGUCGAUUGUGCUCAGCUGUGUGACGGGCCUGUUCAUGGGCAUUCCCCUUGCGACCGAAAGUGGUAUCACCAUCAUUCACUACCUGGAUAUGGUUCUCGGAGGAGCCUGGUGGCUGCUGCUGCUUUGGAUCGGACACAUUAUGGCCAUCUUUUUGGUUCGCGGUAGACCAUUUACCAGUGAUCUAUUGGUCAACGACCUUCGGCUUACCCAAACUCUGUCGGCGUUUGUAGCAUUUGCUUGGAACUUCCUACUACCGAUCGGCAUGAUAUUUUUGUGUAUCCUAGAGUAUCGAGUAUCGAACGCUAAUGCGUUUUUCAACUGGAAACACGGUGGUUACUGGCCCCUGUGGUCUCGCCAACUCGGUGGCUUCAUUCAGGUCGCCUUCCUACUGCUUGUGCCGAUUGUGACAGUUGUGCAAAUCUACCGAUAUCUUAGCCGAGGACCGCCGGAUAUUCUUGAGCGCUUCGACCGGCUACUGAGACCUUCGAUGGGAACUUACGAUUCACCGGCCCAAAACGCCCGCAUUCAGUACACCCGCCGUCCCGCGCCUCCUUUGCCGGUUCGAACCAUCAAUUCCGGCUCUACGGUUAUAUCGGUUGAAUCGCGACCUCCGCAGGAUGAUGCACCACCGAAAUACACACCUCCUCCUUCGUACACAACGGCCACUGGAGCCAGGAUCGCUAAGAUGCUGCGAAACAGCAUUCGACGAAGCGUCAGAAGGAUAAUGGGCGAACCGAGCGGUAACCGUCAGCGAAGUGCUCUGCCUCAACAGCAGCAGCAGGGCUCCGCUAAUCCAGCCGGCGACGAGCUGCCCCCGCCAGAUUAUUCUUCGAUCUUAACCGAUCCAGCGAACCAAAUGUUUCAGCCAACUGGCGGCAUCGAAAUGGGACCUAGGGUGCUGUACAACAGCGAAACACUAAGCGGCCGUCGACGGCACCGUUCGUUGACUACCGCCCAGCAGCAGCAGCAGCCGCCGCAAGCAAACCUAACAGCAAACGAUGUUCUGCAAAUUCUACGCCCCGCUACUAUUUCCGUCCCGCAAAUUGUCCAACAGGGAGCUUCGGCACCGAUUAGCCUAGCCAGGAACCCUUCUUUUGUCACGGCUACCGCCUCCUCGGCCAUCGGCUACGGCAAUAUAGAUCUGGUGGUACGCAAUAGUCUCACCCGGCGGCACUCGAUUGGCAGUUCGGUGGAAAACCUGAUACUGGGCGCAGCGCCGAUUGGUGAUUCCAGCAUCAUCACGCUAGCGGUCGAAGAAGACGACCGCUGCGAACGACGACAGAAUGGUAAUGAUUCUGUGAUAUAA